AAUUUGUGCUCGCUAAUAUCUUGAAUCAAUCUCCAAUUGUUGACCGAUUUGCCGUAUUUCUUUCACGGAGCUAUACCUUGUAGUUGAAGUUAUAGAAAAAAGAAGGUAGAAGACGAGACUCUGUUCAUCCAAUUCUUCUGAAGAUUAAAAGAUGGAGAAACGAACAAUAUAUCUUUGGAUAAUCGCAGUUUUUACCUUCAUGGUAUUGAUGAUCGUUACUCCUGCUGUCCCUCAAUCCCAAGAGUACCACAACUUUGCUGAUCAACGUCAAUUUUUGGGAAUCUCCAAUAUGCUCAAUGUCGUUUCCAACAUCCCUUUUCUUGUGAUUGGUCUUGUAGGGCUGGUACUUUGUCACUAUGGAAAUAAUUUUAAACUGAGCUUGCAAGGUGAAGUUUGGGGGUGGACCUGUUUCUAUAUCGGUGUUGCAGCUGUUGGCUUUGGAUCUUCGUACUAUCAUCUCCAACCAAAUGAUACUACUCUUGUGUGGGAUCGCUUGCCGAUGACUAUUGCAUUCACGUCACUUGUUGCAAUUUUUAUUAUGGAGAGGAUUGACGAGAAGAAGGGGACUGCAUCUAUUAUACCUUUGAUUUUAGCAGGCAUUAUUAGCAUUCUGUAUUGGCGAUUUUUUGAUGAUCUUCGGCCAUAUGCUGUAGUCCAGUUUGUGCCAUGCAUAGCCUUGCCAAUGAUGGCUAUUUUAUUACCUCCCAUGUACACGCAUUCCACGUACUGGCUUUGGGCUGCAGCUUUCUAUCUGCUUGCAAAGAUACAAGAAGCUGAAGAUAAACCUAUUUAUGAGUUAACUCACCACGUUGUCAGUGGACACACUCUGAAGCAUUUAUCUGCUGCACUUGUUCCAGUGUUUUUAACACUCAUGCUGGCAAAGCGAACCAUUGAAACUGAGAGGGUCAGUUUGCUCAUCGUUUGGAGAAGUUCUUGGACUAAAGUAAAGAAAGAUGAGAUUGGAGCACAAAGUUGUGAAUACUAUGUGGUUCCCAAUCAAGAAUGAUAUCGAAAUUGAUAAUAGUAGAACGAGUAUAACAUCUGAAUACAAAGAGAAGCAGAUUUGGUCAGCAGACAAUGUUCAACUCUGAUGAAAAAGGCUUGGUGAUGUCCUUGGUUUUCACCCUUUCGUUGAAAUCUUUCUCGUUUCUUUGCUCUGUGCUUGUAAAUUGAAUUGUGAAAUGUAAUGAGAAGGGUCUUUAAGUUACACCGUAAUGGUCUUUGCAGGAGAAACGACCUAAGUUUUACCAAUAAUUUGCAAACUAUUAUGAUAUGUUGUAUAAACAGCAAGUUUUGUGUAAGACCGCCUUAUCGAAAAUACCGUUUUGAUGGCUGACUAA